AUGGAAUCCGAGAUCCUCAUUGUCGGCGCUGGCAUCUUCGGCAUUAGCACCGCUUACCAUCUCGCCAAACGAUCGUCCCAUCCCGCCUCGAUCACCGUGCUAGACCGAUGUCCUGCCCCCUCGCAAGAUGCAGCAUCGACCGACAUCAACAAGAUUAUCCGUGCGGACUACUCUAGCUCUUUAUAUAUGGAGCUGGGGCUUGAAGCCAUCGACGCGUGGAAGAAUGACCCCCUUUUCAAAGAUUCAGGAGUUUAUCAUCAGACUGGCUGGAUCAUGAUGGAUGAGAAAGAUAGCGACCUUGCCGGGCGCAUUGGUGCGAACUUUCGAAAAAUCCUCGGCUCCAACCCUUUGCAGCCGAUGUCUGAAGAUGAGGUGCGGUCAAAAUGGGGCGGAGUGCUUGAGGAUGCUGUUUUAAGUCCUUUUGAGGCUUUCUACUUAAAUCCGCUGGCCGGCUGGGCUGACGCCGGCCGGGCUUUGACGAUUAUGGCUAACGAGAUUAUCCGGAUGGGAGUGCGAUAUCAGGUCGAUGACGCUACUCGCCUGCUGUUGGGUGAAGGUGGCAUCAAGGGCGUGCAGACCAAGUCGGGCGAUUUGUACUCGGCCGAUAAGGUGCUUCUCUGCACCGGAGCCUGGACGAGUCAGUUGAUGAGUUCUGUGGAGAUUGAACUCAAGAUGCCCGAGACCGAUCGUGUCGAAAGUCAAGCGACUGCGGCUGGCGUUUGUGUCGCGCACUUUCAGCUCUCGGAUGCCGAGCGGAAGCUGUACGACCAGCUUCCUGUGUACGUUUACGGUGAACAAGGAGAGGUCAUACCUCCAACCGAUGCGGGACUGCUCAAGUUCACCACUACGCAGUCCUUCAAAAACACCAGCCACGGCUACUCGGUGCCGCCAGCCUCGGACUACCCGCUCACAACUCAACGCGUUGUUCCAGAAAAGCUUCAAAAAGAAUGCAUCGACUCAAUACGAUCGCGUCUACCCCGUUUAUUCACUAGCGACCGCCAGGUGGACUAUUUCCGCCUAUGCUGGGACGCGAUCACUCCCGACCAGCACCCAUUGAUCACCCAGCACCCAGACCCGCGGCUACCAAAUUUAUAUCUAGCCAUAGGAGGCUCAUUCCACUGCUGGAAAUUCCUACCCACGAUCGGCCGAUACGUUGCCAGCAUGCUAGACGGAGGAAGUAACCGAGGCGAUCGCGACGACGCGUGGGCGUGGAAGAAAUCGCGUGAGGGCGGCGUCCACGACAGCCUUACGCCCAGCAAAGAGCUGAGCGAGUAUUACUGA